AUGAACUCAGAACCUAGCGCCGCAACUGUCGUCAGCGAAAUGAUCGGCCAAUUUUUGUCGAAAAUUAUCACCGGCGACUCGUUCCGACUGGAGAAAGUUCCACCAAUCUCGCCACCCGAAAAGUUCACUGUGGGCGUAAAUUAUGCUCUUUUGGAACUGCAGUCAAAAUUCCACUCGGCUCGCCAGAACAUCGGAGAGACCGUAGAGUCAUAUGCGUAUCGCGUCAAGCAACUGGUGUCAAAGGCUUUUCCAGAGGACACCAGCGAAGCUAAAGAUAGGCGUGCUGUGGAACGUUUUGUAGGAGUCAGUGGUGCUUCAGUGAAGAAAGCGCUGAUUACAAAAUUGCCUAAAAGCCUCAGCGAAGCUUUUGCUCUGGCAGGAGAAACGGAGAGGCUACAAUGA